UACAAGGCAUAGAAACUUGGACACAUCUUUUCCCAUUGCAUAAUCCAUGGGUUGUUGUUGUGAUGAAGACGAUGGCGACAUUCUUAGGCAUCUCAUGACUUCUAAUUUCACUCCCGAAACCCUACCCUCUUCUUCUUCUUCUUCCACUGUAAUUUCACCGAUGAAUUCUCAUUUUUCGGCACUAUCUUCCACCGACAUCCUCCGAAUCAUCUUCGAGAAGCUUCCCGUCCCGGAUCUCGCUCGGGCGAGGUGCGUAUGCCGAGUCUGGAACUCGGUGGCCUCUCAAAGGGACAUUGUGACUAAAGCUUUCCUUGCUCCGUUGAAAUUGAAGAACGUGCUUGGAGACCCACUCUCUGGAAGCUUCUGGAGAGACAACACUUUGGGGAAAUUCGCCAUCUCCCAUCGGGUUAUGCGUGGAGACAGCGUCGCCAGUCUUGCCGUCAAGUACUCCGUUCAGGUAAUGGAUAUAAAACGCCUGAACAACAUGAUGAGUGAUCAUGGUAUAUACUCAAGGGAAAGGUUAUUGAUCCCUAUUAGUAAUCCUGAUAUUCUUAUCAACAGAACAUGCUUUGUUGAGCUGGAUGUGUUUGCUAAACGAGAAGUCGCAGUAUUGUAUCCUGAUGAUGUACCAGAUAGAAGGAGUACAUAUAUGGCAUACAGAAUGUCCUCUGAAGAAAGCAAGAAAAGGGUGUUUGAUUCCUUGAAGAAAAGCAUGCAUGUUGAUAAUGACACUGCUCAAUACUACUGGACUGUUUCAAACGGUGAUCCACGAGCUGCCCUUGCAGAAUUUUCUGCAGACCUUCAAUGGGAUAGGCAAGUUGGGCAUGCUUAGUGUCUGGAAUUUAAUCUGAGGUUCAUGGUUCAACCCUUGUUUGGAAUGGAUAAUAAAUAAUUUAGAGGUUAUGUGUCAGUCAAGUGUUUGCUUUGAUAUGUUUCCUCUUAAAUCUAUUCAUUUUCCUCUGAUUGAUUACUGCUUGAGUUGUGAAUCGACUGUAAUAUUUGCUCUUCUCCAUCGGAGAUGUGAAGUAUAGAGUAAGUCACCUCUUGCUGCGUGAUAGAUUUCAGUCACUAAAGUGGUGAAAUGCGUUGUAAUCUGUUUAUAAGUAUACCUAUAUAUUAAAACGAUGUAUUAUUUUUCAAACUGCAAUUGAAACUACUGGUCAUUC